UACAUCUUUAAAGUGUAAUGUUGAUGGUAUGACUGAAAGUUGGACUUUACAUAUCCAAAUACACUUCUGUUUAAAUAGAAAAAGUGGAAAACCCCACAUCGCCCAACACGACAUCGACGAAAAUGUUGCAGGCCCGGCCCGACCAUGGACGGCAGCGGAAACGCAAACCACCGCCCACGCCCUCAGCCCUGAGCCGAGCAGAACCCAAAAUAUACACACGCCACAAGUACCAGAAUAUAGCCCAGAGACACCCGCAGAUGCACCCGCACGGUGGUGCACACUGAACCCCCAAUGAUACAGAGUGCAACCCCAUGAAAAGCGGCGCAUGGUCUCAAAUUAAAAUAAUGGCUUUGUCCCAAAUGAAAAAACAAUGGGCAGAACUAAACAAAUCGGAAUCCAGAGAGGGGAUCCGAGGCUACGGAGCCUGCAUAUUACAGACACCGCCAAAAGACAAAAUUAAAAAGCAGGCACCAUAUCCAAGGGGUGAUUAAUUAACACCCAAAGCAACCAAAGCGGAUCACCGGAACCAUCCAAGCCGAAAGGUUCAAUCUGAAAAACAAACCAGUAUACUAACGCAACAAAAAAAAUAGUAUUGAACGAUCUGAAGAGAUCGAAAUAUAAAAGCCCUGAUUAAAACAACAUAAUUCAAUUUAUUUAUGUCUCAUAUAUGAACAUCGAUACAAUAACUAAAAUAUAUAUAUUACACAAUACACGUCAAUUCGCCAACUGAAUUACAAGGGAUAAAGACCUAAGGUGUUAAAGAAAUUAAAAGUAAAAAAAAAACUAAAAAAAUACUAAGAAUUCUCAUAGAAAAUCAUAUUUUUGUAGAACAAAGAAAUACCAAAUAAAAAUUAAACAAAAUGAAAGUUCGUGAAAGUAGGUUUUUAGAAUAUUGUGGCAUAAAGACAUAGUGAAAAAAAGAAAAAAAAGGAGCAAUAAUUAGAAAAUCAUUACAAGCGGGAAGGCCGGCAGGAGCAUGUGCCUGUGCCUAUACACAGACUGAUCUUUUGUAAGUGAAAUUUUAAACACUACUAACUCAUGGGUGGUCGACAGACGUUACACUUCGGUAUCCUACACACAUAGACAUCGCUCAUUCAGGUAACAUUUUUGCUUAAAAUUUCCUUAAUUUUUUGACUGAUUUUAAUAAUAUAAAAAGUGUCAAAGACAGGAAAACGAGUGCUUCUUGACACAAAACGUCUACCAGAGGUAUUCAAAAUCAAAGUCUAUGAUAACAAGGUCAUCAUAGUUACGAUAAAGAGGUAAGAAAUGAAAAAAUGUCAAAUAUUAGGAAAUUUUCACAGAGCAAUAUUUUGACUUACUAAAUUCGAGAGGUUUACGAGGAGAAAACGCAUAAACAUAUUGCUGUAACUUUGUACAUGUCUGUUCGUAUUUAACGUAUUUGAUCAAUCCUAUUAAAUAUAACUUUUGUUAAAACUUGAGAAAUUGUUUAAAUUUAAUUUUGCUGCAAUGAAUAUUACAAAACAUAGUUGUAUUUUAACGUGCUCAUUUCUUAUGUAACUUUCAAAGAUUUUUAGAAUCUAAAGGCAGGAUGGAGAUAGACAAAAUGCACAGAUGGCUGGUGUUCAUAUCAGCAUGCAUGGUUAUGUUAGUAGCAUUGGGAUUUGCCUUCUCCUUUGGUGUAUUAUUGGUUGAUUUCAUCAAUGUUUUCAACGCAUCAAGAUCCAAAGCGUCUCUGGUACAGUCUGUGCUUAUCGCCGUAAGUAUGGGUUCUGGUCUAUUGGUUGGCCCUAUAAUGCAGAAAUGUGGAAUGAAGAAAGCCGGCUGUCUUGGAUCAGUAUUGAUAUCAACGGGACUUUUCAUUUCUUUCUUCGCUAAUUCCAUUCCAUUUUUCGUUGUUUCAGUUGGAGUUGUCACAGCUUUGGGUGUAGUUUUCCUGUUUGUGGUGUCUAAUGCCGCUGUUGGACACCACUUCACCGAGAAAACAGCACUGAUUCUACUGUCAGAAGUAAACGCAGGUUCUGGACUAGGAGGAAUGUUGUUUCCUUUUAUCCUCGCAUACUUCAGUGAAACAUUUGGCUUACGUGGAACUCUUCUGCUGAGUGGUGGUAUUGUCAUGAAUACAAUGCCUGCUGCUUUACUUUGGACGCAACCUGAACACAUUCUGUCUACGAACCAAAGGAAGAAGGGAAAAACAAAUAGUGCAUACACUUUAGAAGAAACUGAAUCUAGAACAGAAGACAGAGUGCAAAAGGGUUACAGGGAUGGAAUUGCACCGAGGCAUGGUGAAACUAUAGAAAUUGAAAAAGUAAAUUAUGAACAAAAUACUGAGCAUGGUCUUUUAAGAAGCAUCAAACUUCUUUUCAAAGAUAAAUGUUUCAUUUUAUUUGUACUAAGAAUGGAUCUUGCAUAUCCACCUAUUAUGUUGUUGAUAACGUUUAUUGUAGAUGCAUUUAUCGAUUCAGGUCUUUCUCAAACAGAUGCCAAUUUUGGACUUCUACUAAUAAACGCGUUCAGUAUCGAUGGACGCUUACUUCCAGGGCUCUUUAUGCAAUCAAGGCACAUCAGUUCUUUGAUGGUUCCAGCAUUCGCGAGCAUAAUAACAGCUGUCUGUAUGGCAGGCUUAAUUUUGGUUAAGUCUUUGUCCUUAAAGCUUGUCUUCUCUAGCGUUGUUGGAAUACCAUUAGGUAUUUGCGUGUCGUGUUUUAGUGUGACAAAUUUAGACAUCGUUGGCCCAUCCCAGUUGGGUAACGCAUCUGGAUUAACUCUUACAGCAAGCGGAUUGAUCAGCAUUGCAGCCGGGCCAGUCAGUGGUAAGUAAAUAUCAGUAUGAAUAAAACAUUUGAUUAUCAGCUUAGCAGCCGGGCCAGUCAAUGGUAGGUAAAUUUCAGUAUGUAUAAAUUUUGAUUAUCAAUUUAGCAGCCGGAGCAGACAUCGUUAAUAAAUCUCAGUAUGUAUACAAAUUUGAUGAUCAAUGUAGCAGCCGGGCCAGUCAGUGGUAGGUUAACGUCAGUAUGCAUAAACUUUUGAUUUCGAGUCUUUUGUCAGUAUAAGAUUAAACAUAUCUAUUUAUCAUUUAAGAUUAAAAACAGUUACUUGUUGUUGUGAUAUGUUAAAAAGUAUUCAAAUAUCUACUUGCAAUGUUACGCCAGUCCCGUUAUAUUGCCUUUCAUAGAAUUUGAAAAUUUUAGUCAGUAGAUCAACGAACGUACAGUGGUAUGUUCAAGGACAUGCAUUUAGUUUUUGAAAUUAGAUUAUCUUAUGCGCAUGACAUCUUACAUCGAGCGCACGACAUCUUAUUUCGAGCGCACAAAGUCUUAUCUCAAGCGCCUGACGUCUUGUCUCGUGGGCACCACAUCUUAUCUCUUAUUCACGUCUUCUUAUCUCGUGAUCACGACAUCUUAUUUCGUGCGCACGACAUCUUACCUCGUUAGCACGACAUCUUUCCUCGUGCGCACGAAAUCUUAUCUCGAGAGAACGACAUCUUAUCUCGUGCGCUCGAUUUUUUCUCGUUUGCACGAAUCUUAUUUCGUGCGCAUGACAUCUCGUGCGCACGGCAUCUUAUCUCUUCCCUUUAAUAAUGUACAUGGGGUCUCUUCCAUCAUCAACAGCUGGAAAGUCGCCAUAUGACCAAAAUUGUGUCGGUGAGACGUUAUACCCAACAAGAUAAAUAUUUUGAAUGCCACUGUGACCAAUUUUGGCUGAUUUGUGCUAUUUUGUUCUGUUUCAGCGACAAAACGAUAAACGUCGUUAUAGCGUCCAGCCGAACGAUACCCCGGCAAACAUCGCUCCGCCGAAUGUCGCCUGCAAGAAGUCACCGUCGUUAUUGCUUCCUGACAAAUGACGCCUCGCCUAAUGUCAACUUACCGGACGUCGCUCUGCCGAAUGUCGCCCCGUCCUAUGGCAACUUUCCAGCUUUUGAUGAUUGAGGAGACUCCAUGUGCCCCUUCGUGCAUUAUUAAAGGGAAAAGAUAAAAUGAGGAUAUAGUCGGGAUGCUACGGGCUCUUACGUUAUCGUAUUUCUUGCUUGCGCUGGUAUUCAACUUAUUGCAACUGCCCUUUUUGUGACUGCAAUGUACUACAGAAAUAAUAGCAAGGCAUCAGCUUCCAGGAAAACUUCAGUGUUUUACAUUACAAAAAUGUAAUAAACUUUCCUGAAUCUUUUUGAAAUUUAGAAAUCGUAAUUGAUUGAUUUGAUAACAGAUCUGUAUAUAAAUAUGUAUGAUUAAUAAUAUUACAAACGUUUCUUUGUAAGUUUUGUUUUAUAUAUCAAAGACCAUUUGUUAUAACUGUUAUACCCAAUAUUGCAAACAGGACAAACAGAAAGGAUAGAUUUCCAGCAGGAACAUACAUGUUCGGAGAACUCAGACUCCUCGAAUUGCUUUAUAUGUUUUGAUUUGUACACAAUUUACUAGUAGGCAGUUGGUUAUUUGCACGCGAACUUGGCAACUGGCUCUCCUUAUCUUAAUGAAGACUGAUGUACAUAAUUGAAAGUUUUGAAUAUUGAUAUCUAAAAGUAAUUCAGGAGUUUAUUUGAAUGAUUUAUACAUGUACACAAAAUACAUUGACAACGUAAAGUACAUAGACAACGAGAAGGAAACGAACAAAUUAAGGUACUCGAUGGAGCAUGCCUAUGGAGGUCAGUGACAACCAGCUCAUAGCGGAUUGAACUUAGGUCUGCCAUCAUGUUCCACAGCUACUGAAAAGUAACAAAGUAACAAGGCAACGAUCAUACAAGAACAACAACAACAACAAAUGGACGGAUUUAUACUUUAUUCAUUAAAUGUACAAAAUAUCUAGACAAAGUAAUGUAAAUAGAUAAAACGGCCAGUCAACGGCGAAUUCAUGCCUUGUGCACAUCAUUGCAGAAAUGUACAUUAACAAUGUAAACAACAAGCUAAGAAACACAUGUAACGGGAGGGUACCGCCCUUAGACUACCAGUGCAAGAUUUCUACUGGGGAGUUAACACGGCUUAAUGGUGCACUCUCCACUUCUCUCUAAAUUGUGGUUAUAUUCCGAAGUUACUGGAGUUCGCAGUUAAAUUUAAAAAAAAAAAGCUACAAGAACAUUCUCCAAAAACGUUGAUGGGACAAGGUAGAGUCUGUUCAUGAGAGGUAACAGACUGUGCAUGACCCAUUACACCCUCUCUCACUGACUUAAGCGAAAUUCUUUUACAGUAAAAUUUGAUUGAAACAGAACAGAGAAACUAACCUUCAAUGAAUUUUAUGUUAUUCAAUACGCCGCACUUUUGUACUUAACUUCAUUUCUACUGAUCAUUGGGUCCCUAUAGAAUAGCAAUUUUCGAAUUCACUAAAAUUGUUUUGUGGUAUACAUUGUACAUUUAUUUAACAUAUUAUACUAGUAUACCGAAAAUUGACUCGGCGUUCAUUAAAAUUCAUUCGUUGUUUUUUCUGCAUACGUUCGAGGGUCCAUUAACUGUUUCCUGGUUCAGAUUAUAAGGCAACACAGUUUUAUCAAGUCUGUUUUUACUAGCAUCAUUUUCAAACACAGUAACUUCGAGAGUUUUAUUUUUUAUUAAAUUUGUUACCCGGAAACUUGCUUCAUUGUCAUAUUAUCAUUUUGAAUAUGUUAGUCAGAAACAUAGUCUUAACAGUGGCACUUUGAAGAAAGGUAGAAAACAUCUAUGUUACAGUAAAAUGAGACAAACUGUAAAAUCAGUGCGUGUUAUGUCUGUAGACUAUUUAAAUAUAAAGUGGUCCAAUGAUUUUUUAAAGUAAAUGAAUGUAAUAAACUGAACUUAAAUAAAGCAAUACAG